AGCAGUAGCAUUUGGGACUGCUUUUCUGCUGCUGUUCUAAUCAAAUAGGAGUGGGUUUUACAUUUCUCCUCCCCUUCUCAGAAAGUAAAUGUCACAUUACUUGAACUGAAGGUUCCAUCUAAGUGAACUGCUUCAUAUGCUCCAGUCCCACACAUCUUUGAGAAGAAAAAGCGAAGUGCAAGAAGUAGUCUCCUCCUGAGAGACACUGAUGAAAAGAUGGACAGAAGUUUACUUCACAAGGAGCUUUCCCAGAAUUCUUCCAUCUCCUCCACUGCCAGAGAUUAUGAAUAUCUACUGGAAUAUAACUAUGAAAAUGAGGUGAUUCUGCAGAACAGUGCCUUUGACGUUGCCACUUUGGUACUUUAUGGUAUCGCUAUUGCCUUUGGCAUUCCAGGAAAUGUCAUUGUCAUCUGGGUAAUGGGAUAUAAGCUGAAAAGGACAGUCACAACACUUUGGUUCCUAAACAUGGCAGCUGCAGACCUUCUGGAAACUAUUUUUCUACCCCUUCCAUUUGCCUAUUUACUCUUGGGGAAUUGGAUGUUUGGCCGUUGGCUCUGUAAGCUAACAUUCAGCCUAGGUAUGUUGACCAUGUUUGCAAGUGUGUUCUUCCUAGUGGUUAUCACCCUUGACAGGCACCUGUCUAUAGCACAUCCUGCCAUAUGGCACAAACACAGGACCAUAAAGGCUGCUUUUUGCACCUGUUUAAUUGUGUGGAUCAUGGCAUUAGCCUUAGCAUUACCCUACUUUUAUUACCAGGAUACCAUUACACUGUUCUCAGUGACAUCAUGCUUGAGUCACGUAUCAUCCCAUGAAGAAGACAUGGCCCUUCUACUGACAGCCUUUCUUGCUGGCUUUGCAAUACCACUGGUGCUGCUCAUUAUAUGCUCAGCUCUCCUGAUUAUCAAUGUGAAGAAAGACCUUUUGGUGGCACAAAGGAAACUCUACAUCACCAUCACUGCUGUUGUGUUGUCAUUUUUCAUUUGCUGGGCACCAUACCAUGUCACCUGUAUUUUGAAGUUAUUCCUACAUUCUUUCAUGGAGACUGACACCCUCAAUUCAUGGUCUUCUGUAGCUGUUGGAAUAAGUUACCUACACAGUUGUCUUAAUCCCAUUCUGUAUUUAUUGAUUGGGCACAGUUUUAGGAACUAUAUGCAGAAGUCCAUCUUAGAAAUAAUGAGGCCCCUCUUUCAGGAAGGAUAUAAUUCAAGGCUUCCAGGAGGAAGACAGUCAGAAAAUGAGGUAGUAGUUGUCACUCAGCUUGAGAGUUUACAGUAACAAUGCAAAGAGUAAACAUACUUCUCAUGAAGAUAGUUGUUGGUUGAACUGUGCUUUGUAUGCAAAAAUAAUGAUCGGUCAUGCCUAAAAUCUGUAAUGUCCCUUCAGGACUGUCUGCAGCAGACUCUUUCCAUCUACUAAUUAUCUUCUGUAGUGGGAACAAGUAUAUCAAGCCCAUCCCCAUCUCAGGAAGCAGAUGAUGUGCAUAAUCCAGGCAUAACUAUAACAUCUUGUAGUUAAUUUUAGUCCUGCUUUGUUUCCUGUGACUUCCAAGAUUUGAAGAGCAGUAUGUGCUUGU